GACACUAUGGAGCCGUCUGUGGUGAACCUGAACAACCAGUUCCAGACCCUGCGAGCCCUGAUGGAUGGCGUGAAUGAGGGCAUUGAGCCACAGUUCCUUCAGGUGGCAAUGAACUUUGAGGAUUGCCGUAAGAAGUGGCUGCGGGCAGGUGAGGAGCUGCUUUCCUGUAAAGAGAUGCUGACUAAAGCAGAGACUGAAAGGGGAGCUCUGGAGGUUAAGCUAAAACACGCUCGCAACCAGGUGGAUGUGGAGAUCCGCCGGCGGCAGAAGGCUGAGUCAGUCUAUGAGAAGCUGGAGCGGCAGCUACAGUUGAUCCGGGAACUGCUGAUAUCAGACAACAACGGUAGCAGUGUUCACUUGAGUGAGGAGCAACGCUCCGCCCUGGCUUUCCUCAAUGCCCACUCACAGGCAGCACAGGCUGCUAAAACCAACCUCAACACCAGCCGAAGGUUAAUUACCAUUGAUGAAUCAGCCUCCCUGCUAUCAGACAUCAGCUAUGAUCAAACAGACGACUCUCUGGACUGGGAUUCCUCUGCGAUGAAGACUGUGAGGCUGCGGAAACGCCAGAAACGACGUUCCUCCAGAAAACUCUCUGAGGUUCCUCCACAGGCGUUGAAGAAACCUCGCUCCACUGGACGCACAUCAGAUAGGAUGAAUGAGUCUAUAGUGGCCAAAACCACCAUCACCGUGCCUGUAAAUGGUGGCACUGUUGAGGCCGUCUCCACCAUUGAGACAGUGCCCUACAGGACACGUAGCAGAAAGAAGAGUGGGUCUUCACUGUGGGCUGAUACAACCACUACUAACCAGUCUGAAACAACCAGUGAAACUCCCAGCACACCAGUCUUGGAUAUUCCAGCCCGACGAAGAUCCCCCAGAUUUAAUGUCGGAGGAAAGACUCACCAGUUUGUCUCCAAAACAGUGAUAAAGUCUGAGUUCUGUGUACCAUGCGGAAGAAGAACAAAGUUUGGAAAAAUGUAUCUUCGUUGCCAGGAUUGCAGGGUUGUGACCCAUCCCGAGUGUCGUAACCUCUGUCCUCUGCCCUGUAAUCCUACAGCUGUUAGUACCCCCAUGAGGAACACAGAGAACACCCUGGCUGACUUUGCUCCGGUCACCUCCCCCAAGAUCCCAGCUUUGGUUAUCUACUGUAUUAAGGAGAUCGAACACAGAGGGUUACAUGAGGUUGGCCUGUACAGAAUCUCUGGCCACGAGCGCUUGGUGAAAGAGCUGAAGGAGAAGAUGAUUAGAGGAAAGACUCUGCCUCCUCUGAACAAAGUAGAAGACAUCAACGUCAUUACUGGCGUUCUCAAAGACUUCCUCAGAAACCUUCCAGAGCCACUGCUCACCUUCCAGCUUAACAAAGCCUUCAUGGAAGCAGCCGAAAUCAAGGAUGACGACAACAGUCUUGCCAUGCUGUACCAGACCAUCAGUGGGCUGCCUCAACCCAACCGAGACACUCUGGCCUGCAUGAUGAUUCAUCUGCAAAAGGUGUCUCAGUGCGUGGAUACCAAGAUGGAUGUGACCAACCUGGCCAGGGUGUUUGGCCCUACCCUCGUGGGUCAUGCUGUUCCUGAUCCAGACCCUAUGACCAUCUUACAUGACACAAAUAGACAGCCAAGGGUAAUCGAGCGCUUGCUUAGUAUUCCAGCAAGCUACUGGAGCCGGUAUGCUUAUCCAGAUAAUCUAGGCAUGGACAAUGCUCACCAUGUUGAUACUCCAGAUCACAAAGUGAGCAUAUUGGGACCAGUGACCACUCCUGAGCACCAGAUGAUGACCAAAACACCUUCCUCCAGUUCGCUGUCUCAACGUAUGAUGCACACCUUCUCAAGUACCACACUAUUUGGGAGCAAGAGCAAAGCAUCAGCUGCUUCUAACCGCCAGGGCAAUUUCUUCGCUUCUCCACAGCUGAAGUAAUGGCAAAAAGGAGGAAAAAAUAUGACACCCAUAUUGUACUUCUCGAUAAUUCACUGCAAUAACAGA